AUGAUGACGUGUUUUGACGAUCUAACGUUUUAUGGUUUACAGAAACGUCUUGAUAGUGCAAUUCAACACUAUCCUGCAUGUAUCCGUCUGUCAGUAUUAAAUAUUCCUGAAACGAUUCGAUUACAAUGUAAAUCUCUGAUCUUAUCUACUGCAGAUGUACAGUCAUUUCAAAUACGAUGUUCUAAUUUGAAUUUCGAGAAACUUCGAGCUGUUAAAUUCGAAAAAAUAAAUCUUCAUACAUUAUAUUCAUUCAUUGAUAAAUUACCAAUGCAACAACUCGAAUCAAUUGUUGUCGGACGAUUCACUUGGUAUUAUUAUCCGCAAGACUUCUAUAAUCAAGUCUGGUCUACUUUCAUGGAUUCGACUAGUGAUGUACAUCUACGUCAUCUGCAUCUACCAUAUCAUAUACGUUAUUGGGAUGCUAAAAAACUUUCAUUCGAUCUUUUAUCAUUAGAGUGCGCUACACUUGAGUAUAUAUCAGCUACACAAAUGGUAUCAUUUAUAACUCGCACACCUAAUCUUCGUCAAUUUAAAGCUUGUAUUACUGCACCACAUCGAGAUCUUUCUCGAUCGAGUAUUUCACUUCUUAAACUUCAACAUUUAACGUUGAAUCUCCAAGAUGAUUGGUCACUAGAACAAAUCCAGCAAUUAUUAGCCACAUGUCCGCAUUUAAUAUAUUUGAAUCUCAAGUUAGACGUACGAAACGAUAUGAGAAUCAUGUUCGAGCCAUCAACGUGGCAAAAAUUGAUUGAAGAUAAGUUACUCCACUUAGUCUUUUUAAGAAUUAACUUAGGCUGUAUCGUAUCAGACUCAGACGAAAAUGAUUAUCAAACACCAUUCAGUCAGGAAACAUAUUGGUGUCAACGACAACCUCAUUUUCAUGUUCAAAUUCGCAAAAUUCAGCGUAAUCCUCUCAAGUAG